ACAAAAGACUCACUGGAAAUCGCAGUUCAUGAUCCAGCUGGUUAUCGCCCAGGACCUGAACUAAAGCCUCUUCAUUCUCAGGCAGGAGAGGCACCAGAAACACUAAUUCAGCUCCCGUACGGUCUUGUAGCUGAAGAUACAGUAACAAUCAUUGUUAGCAUUGCUAGUUGUUAAGUCAUUCGUUAUUCGACGAAGUUUAUGGACUCUGUCAUGACUUACAUAUCUGUUAACUUUCUUCUGUAUUUCGAAGCCAUUGAGAUCAAAUAAGGAUGCACAAAAUUCUAGGAGGAGAUUUGGGUCGCUGGGAAAUGAAUUUUCUGUUGCCAUUGUUAUGACUGUACCACUGCAGCCGGUGCUCACACUUUGCUUUUGGAUUAGUUCCUCUCAGUCUUAAUAUUCUGUCGUUCUUAUCUGCUUCGAUAGUGACCAACGCAAAAUGAUAUUUUGUCUGUAUAUGACGCGACAGAAUGAACUACGUUUUAUCAGCAAUUCAUAAUCUUCAGCUGGUCCCAUCCCAUUGAUUCCUUUCUUUCUUUUUUAUCUUUUUGACAGUACUUCCAGAACCGAAUCUACCGCAGCCUCUUCUUUGCCGGCAGAGAUGCAGCACGGGUACAGUAGGUUAUUGAUUUCUAUCUUUAUGUCGUGCAAACGUUGUGGUUAUAACUUUAGUUCUCGUUCGUCAGUUAAAUAAUUGCUGACCUGUGUGGCUUCGGUUAUUCAGAUGAAACAUUUCCUGUUAAAUCGUUUCAAGUAUCGAACAGUGAACCCACUUAUUGUCUGAGUUGGUGCUGUGAUAUCUUUGGUCGGUGCGGAUUCGAUCCCUUUGGGCGUUAAAAUAAUGUGUUAUUGAGAGUGUUGUAAAUUGCUUUACACGUGAAGUUUUGUAUGAUAUACAGCUUAUUGACUGAUUAUUUUACAAUACAAUGCACUACCAUUAAACAUAAGUCGCAGUCGUAGCACAUUUAUUUAUACGUGCAGUUUAGUGAAGUGCUAUUAAACAUAGUUUACAAAAUGGCUUCAAGUGAUUCAGCGGGCGAUGAUUCGCUUUACCCAAUAGCAGUUCUGAUUGACGAAUUGAAGAACGAAGAUGUUCAGCUGCGAUUAAAUUCCAUCAAGAAGCUGUCAACCAUUGCACUUGCGUUAGGUGUUGAAAGAACACGAAGUGAACUGAUACCUUUCCUGACGGAAACAAUUUAUGAUGAAGAUGAAGUACUCCUCGCAUUGGCAGAACAGCUUGGAAAUUUCACCCCUCUUGUCGGCGGCCCAGAACAUGUACACUGCUUGCUGCCACCAUUGGAGAACCUGGCUACUGUAGAAGAAACAGUUGUGCGCGACAAAGCUGUUGAAUCUCUGAGGGCUAUAUCAUCGCAGCACAGCCCACAGGAUCUUGAAGCACAUUUUGUUCCCCUAGUUCAGAGAUUAGCUUCUGGUGAUUGGUUUACAUCACGGACAUCGGCUUGUGGACUAUUCAGUGUGUGCUAUCCACGAGUUUCUGCUGUAGUCAAAGCGGAUCUACGCCAUCAUUUUCGUAACUUGUGUCAAGAUGAUACUCCCAUGGUACGACGAGCGGCUGCUAGCAAAUUGGGCGAAUUUGCGAGAGUGGUUGAAGUGGAGUAUUUGAAAUGUGAUCUCAUUCCAAUGUUUGUGAACUUGGCACAAGAUGAACAGGACAGUGUCCGGCUUCUGGCUGUGGAGGCUUGUGUCAGCAUUGCCACUUUACUGCAGCUGCAAGAUGAUGUGGAACAGCUUGUUAUGCCUACCCUCCGACAGUGUGCAGGCGAUACAUCAUGGAGAGUUCGUUACAUGGUUGCUGACAAAUUCACUGAUCUUCAGAAAGCUGUGGGUCCAGAGAUCACAAAAACAGAUCUUGUGCCAGCAUUUCAGCUUUUGUUAAAGGACUCUGAAGCUGAAGUACGUGCUGCUGCUGCUCACAAGGUGCGAGAUUUUUGCCAGAAUUUGGAUCCGUACCAGCAAGAAACCAUAAUUAUGAACUCCAUCCUCCCAUAUGUGAAGGAACUAGUUGCAGAUCCAAACCAGCAUGUAAAGUCCGCACUUGCAUCUGUAAUUAUGGGGCUUAGUCCUAUUUUGGGAAAACACAACACAAUAGAGCAUCUCCUUCCGUUGUUCUUAUCACAACUUAAGGAUGAAUGUUCAGAAGUGAGACUCAAUAUUAUUUCAAAUUUGGAUUGUGUGAAUGAAGUUAUUGGUAUUCAGCAGCUGUCACAGUCUUUGCUACCAGCCAUUGUUGAACUAGCAGAAGAUUCCAAGUGGAGAGUGAGGCUGGCUAUUAUAGAAUAUAUGCCUUUACUGGCUGGCCAACUAGGAGUGGAAUUUUUUGAUGAGAAACUGAAUGCUUUGUGCAUGACCUGGCUUGUUGAUCAUGUUUAUGCUAUAAGAGAAGCAGCCACUUUGAAUUUAAAGAAACUUGUGGAAAGAUUUGGCCCAGAAUGGGCACAAAACACAGUCAUUCCAAAGGUUGUAGCUAUGUCACGAGACCAGAAUUAUUUACACCGUAUGACUUGCUUGUUCUGUGUAAAUGUUUUGGCUGAAGCGUGUGGUGGAGAGAUCACAGCAAAAUUAAUGUUGCCAACUGUAUUAGCAAUGGCAAAUGAUAAUGUUGCAAAUGUAAGAUUUAAUGUUGCAAAAACUUUGCAGAAGAUAAGCCCAGUAUUGGAUCCAAGUGUUAUUCAGACACAGGUAAAACCGGUACUGGAUAAGCUUCAUGUCGAUAGUGAUGUGGAUGUAAAAUAUUUUGCUUCGGAAGCUAUUGCAAGUAUUGCAGGGUGAACAUGACUGAUACGUUAACCAGAUGCUAAGUGGUUGUAAGAUGAAUGCUCAUGUUCAGUCAGAUGUAAGUCCACCAAUGGAUGAUAAAAUGUACCAUAAACAUGUAGGAUCUAACCAGUGAAGAAUACAUGUAAUUACAUAAAAUUCGUAUGGUCUUCAUUUUGCAUCUCAUUAUCAUUUAUUUUUUACAGUAAAGUUUAUUUUAUAUAUAUAUAUUACUCAUUCAUUUCUCUGCUCAUUCUCUGUUUCAUUUCUUAAAUAAAAGUCUGGAUCUUUUUAUGUGGCAUAUUGUAAAUGUACUGUAAUUGAGUUGUAAAGGCCCUUAAAUUGUGACAGCCACAUUGCUCUUUAAAUAAAAUAUUGAUAAUA